ACCCGCCGCCCGCCGCCCGGGCAACAGGCCCAGACUUGCUCUUUUUUAUUGCCUGCAGCACGAUGUUUGUUCAGACUGGGCAUUGUGAAGUGUAAACCCAGGUCCCACUGGCACCAGCACUCACCUCUGCCUUUUCUAGAAGCAGAUCAGUCCAUAAUGCCUGAAGUCCGAGACCUCUCAGAUGCCUUGCCCGACUUGCCGAUGGAUCCCAUCACGGGUGUUGGUGUGGUUGCAUCCCGGAACCGAGCACCAACAGGUUAUGAUGUAGUUGCACAAACAGCAGAUGGCUUGGAUGCUGACCUCUGGAAAGAUGGCUUAUUUAAAUCCAAGGUCACACGAUACCUGUGCUUCACGAGAUCAUUUUCAAAAGAAAAUAGUCAUUUAGGCAACGUCUUGGUUGAUAUGAAGCUCAUUGAUAUCAAGGACACUUUACCUGUGGGCUUCAUCCCCAUCCAGGAGACCAUCGAUACACAAGAAAUAGCUUUCAGAAAGAAGAGGCUGUGCAUAAAAUUCAUCCCUCGAGAUUCUACAGAGGCAGCGAUCUGUGAUAUCCGAAUCCUAGGUAGAUCUAAACAAGCCCCUCCUCAGUACACGUUCAUAGGGGAGUUGAACAACAUGGGCAUUUGGUACCGGAUGGGCAGAGUUCCACGCAACCAUGAAUCUUCACAGCCUGCGACUCCUCCUUCGCAAGUACCGUCUUCGAUACCAGCUCCUAACCUGCCGAGGCACAUCUCGCUGACACUCCCUGCCAGCUUUCGAGGGAAAAGUCACAGCACUCGUCUGGACUUGGAGCACCAGCACUCAAAUUUGUAUGCCAUAUCAGCAAUGGAUGGAGUGCCUUUUAUGAUUUCGGAGAAGUUUGCCUGCGCUCCUGAAGGGAUGCAGCCAGUUGAUCUCUUGGGCAUCACAAUCAAAACCCUUGCAGAAGUUGAAAAGGAGUACGACUACAGCUUCCGGACGGAGCAGAGCGCGGCGGCCCGCCUGCCGCCCAGCCCCACCAGGUGCCCACCGGUCCCGCAGUCCUGAGAAGGGCCGUCAGCGCUGGAGUAGGCGUGUGCAUGCAUACUA